UGUCAAUCAACAUUGGCCUUCUCGCCAAAAGCAGCAUGCUAGGUUGCUUUAUGAAGUUUCUAAAAUGACACUUGGGGAUAUUUUUGUCAACGCCAUGUAGCUGUUUUUGUUUAGAAAGAUAUUAGUCUAGUUGCAGUGAUGAGGCGAGGAGAUCCUCUCCCCCGAGCCUUUCAGGCUCCAGUGGAUGUACACGCCAGUGCGGAUGGCCAAGUGUACAUGUUCAGACACAGACAGGAUGAACCAGUGUCCUCAGAGGAUGAGGAACUCAAUGUCAUGGAGCUCCGGCCGCGAAGCAGAGACUCAUCCUCACAGGAGAGAGAAAGAGUGGGAGAAAUGCUCUUGUUGGAGCGAGACAUCUCACAUGAGGACAAUCUCAUCAAACUGGCCCUUCAGUAUGGAUGCAAGGUAGCUGACAUAAAAAGGGUCAACAACCUUUUUCAAGAGCAGGACAUGUACGCACUGAAGUCCAUCAAAAUCCCUGUAAAGAAGCAUGGCUUGCUAACCGAGGCCAACUCUGAGCUCAGGAACCCCCAGCAAAGACCCUCCAGUGAUGUAGCGUCGUCAGACAGCGCCGAAGCAAACGUCUCGGGAAGACCUCAGGUGCAGGAGUACACCAAUUACCUAAAAGAGGUGGACAGUGACAUUGAGCGUCUGAUCCAAAGCACAGACCCCUCAGAAGAGGCGUCAUCCAGCGGCUCUAGGCUAUCCAAACGAUGGGGGUGGAGGAGCCAGCGUUUGCCCAGCUACGGAGCGGACUGGGGCAUCCAGUGGUGGAACGCUGUAGUCGCUAUGUUGCUCAUUGGCAUUGUCCUGCCAAUUUUCUAUGUGGUAUAUUUUAAAACUCAAGAUAAUGGUGAAUCGGCAGUGAACAAUGGAGUGAACAACAUCACUGUGCCUACCUCAAACAGUACGGGGUGAGCCUCAGCUAACUGGACCCUGGGAAUGCAAUAGAAAAUUACCUUGAAAAAGUAAGUGUAACACUUGAAAAAGCCUGCAAUAUUCUUUGGUACUUUAAUAAACGUAGCAUCACGAGUUUACAUUAUUAUGGUACAUUCAUUUAAGUGGAUAGAUCAUCAAAAAUAAAAAAAGAACGUAUGGGUUCAAAAUACUUGUAAUAUGACACACCCGAUUUAUUUAGGAUGAAAACAAUCACGUUAUUGAAAGAAAGUAACAUGGGUGGGUGGGUAAAUGAUUGGCCUUAGUGAAGGAACAUAAAGAGACCACUUCAAUGAUUCUAGUUUAAUGGUAUGGCAGAGCGAUAUUUAAUAGUGGGAUAAAGCAAUAUUUGUAUUCAUAUUGUAUGGAUAAGAGACUUUAGGCAGGUAAUAUCAUAUAUCACAUCACUCAAAGAAAGCAACAUAGCUAUGGAGAGACGCGGGUGGGAAAAUUAUAACACAAUUUUUUGUGUGAACUAUGGCUUUAAUUUAAUUUGCGUAGCGAAGGUACAUAAAGAGACAAUUUAACAAAUGAAAUUAUGAGUUUGCAUGAUAAACUUGGCGUUGUGUCUGCUCACACUCCACACUCAGAUUGAUAAAAACUGUUUAUGGGUGCUAAUAUUUAACAGAAUAAUGAAAAUAUUAUAACAGUUUUUCUUUGUUGAGAAAAACUAAACGAAAAAAACUUUAUAAAGUCACAACUUGUUUGGUCCCGUCUUGCGAUCAUUUCAAGAAGCAUUGAUGCACAAUUACAGAAUAAUUCGAAGGAGGUAAAGCAAAAACCAGUACUUUGGGUUUGAGGUUUUGAAACUUUAUACCUGUUUGCCUGAAUGGUAUUUUGCGCUAACUCAAAUUGUAUCUGUUUCUCUGUUUUGACUUUGAGCACUACUGCCAAAUCGUUGCUUCAGUGUGGAAAGGCACUACUGUGCGAGCAGUGCCAAAGAAUGGACUUGUAUUAAAUAACUGUUUGUUCAGUCUUUAGAAGUGCAAUAAAGACAUAUUUCACAAGGAGAAGGGCUAAGCUCAUGUACAAAUGGACACAUUUUAACCUUUCGAUUGUGUUAUUAAAACAUAUCUUUUGAA